AUGGCUGGCAAUUCCGCUCUUGCCAUCUCACAGUGGAACGUUGCUUCAUUACAACCUCCAUCGCUCAAAGCCAUGAGUCCCUGUGAGGGCAUGGACGACAUCCACCGCGAACAACUCUGCAGAGGAGGCUGGUUUUCCAUGAGCAACUUUGAUCUGAUUGCAAAGGCCAUCGUCCGUUACAACCCAAACUCUGGCUUGGAAGACUUGGACGACUUGGACGAGAUGUACCGAAGAAAGCCUGUGGACAGCAAGUUCUGGGAAGACAAGAGGAUCGACGUGAAAAAGAUCCGGUGUCCCGUCUACAUGAGAGGCUCAGAGGUGAGCGCCUUGCACACCAUGAGUUCCAUCGGAGGAUGGCUCGAGAGCAAGCACGAUCGAAAACGGAUUCAUUGGGGCAGCACUCAAGGGUGGUACGAGCUGUACGGUCAGCCCAAAUCUAACCACGAGCUGCAGAAAUACUUCGACCGCUUCUUGAAGGGCAAGCAAAACAACUGGGAUUGA